ACCCUGGCGGUGCAUGCGUCUAUUCUACUGGGAGCAGCCGAAACUUGUGGACCUGUGGUUCUUCGCUUCUCAUUAGAAAUACAAGAAGUUGUCUUGUGGCUGUAUUCGGAGGUACCGCUCGAAUGUUCCAGAAGAUGAACAUGAGCGUCUACCAAGAUAGAUGUCUGCUACCACCUGCAACUUAAUCACGCUAAUUAAGGACCUCGCCAUCUUAGCCUAUUAUUCAUCCUACCCAAAGCUCCCUCUUAGUUCUUGGUGGAUUGCCUUCAGUGUUACCGGAUCAACCUACACAUAUUAUUUUCGCACGAGACCGAGUCCGUCGUGGAAGGAGCGAGCUCAUUGUCAGUCUGUUUUGAGUCGCGUCGCGUCGCGUUGAUUCGCAGGACGACCGGCGCGAUAAAUUCACGGAAUAAAUACCGAUAUAGAAAACACGGGGAGUACGCGCGUGGUACACGCGCGUGGUUUUGUUGCAUCGAUACCAGGGACCGAUCAGCGUUAAGUGAUCGAUCGCUGACACGCAAUGAUUCAUCGCGAUUACCGAUGCUGCAUUGUUCGGAAGAAAAAGCCCGGACCAAGUCGAUAAGGCGUAUUGUCCAUCAUCGAAGCUGAUUUUUCCCAUCGAGUGUUGUGGCUCGUUUGCUUACCUUCGUCCUAUACCAUCCUGACGUCUACAUCGGUAAACUGCUACAAAUAAAAACAGGAAGAUCAGGAAAAAUGAGGAGUUAAAGAAAUAUCGAGUUCUCUAAAGAAAUUCGUUGCAGAAAUGCUGGAGAACGCCAAUGGGACGUCCGAAUUGGAACCGAAAGAACGGGUCCCAAUUAUACAACCGGAUGAGAAGACCCUGGAGAAGUUGGACAUCCUGACUGAGUUGUUUAGCGACCACUACCGUCGCAAGCCUUCGUUUAUCGUCAGAGUUCCGGGAAGGGUUAAUUUAAUUGGCGAGCACGUCGAUUAUUGCGGAUACGCAGUUUGCCCGAUGGCCAUCGAACAAGACAUAAUCAUCGCCGUAGCUCCGUAUCCGGACGAAAUCCAUAUCGUCAACAUGGAUUUCAAAUACAAACCCUUCGGCUGUAACUUUAAAGAACUAAAUUUUACCUUGAGAGAACCAAUGGGCUUUGUUCCAAUGUGGUACAAAUAUUUCCUGUGCGGAGUGAAAGGAGCUCUGGAAGUGAUCCCGAAGGAAUGCAAACCGAUGGGAUUCGUGGCUGCAGUUUGGGGAAACAUUCCUCCUAAUUCAGGCCUUUCAAGCUCGAGCGCCCUCGUUUCUGCUCUUCUUUUGACCAUGCAUCUGAAUAAGCAACCAUUGUCGAAACGUGAAUUGGCUACCAUCAGCGCGAGAGCAGAGAGAUACGUGGGCACCAUGGGUGGCGGUAUGGAUCAGGCAAUCGCGUUUCUUGGAAAACCAGGUUCUGCAAUGCUAAUCGAAUUCGACCCCGUGCGUGGUACCGACGUUACCUUACCGGAAACCGCAGUGUUCGUAAUAGCCCAUAGCCAGGCAUGUCACAACAAAGCUUCUACGGGUGAUUUUAAUUUAAGGGUCGUGGAAUGUCACCUCGCCGCACUGAUGAUAGCAAAGAAGAGGAGCAUACCUUUGGAACGAGUAAGGAGAUUAAUCGACGUUCAAGAACAGCUUGGUAUGAACUUAGAAGAAAUGGUCUCUGUAGUAACCACAGACCUUCACGAGGAACCAUAUACCAUGGACGAAGUCAGCAAAAAUCUCGACACGACGAACGAUAAGCUGAGGAAGUUAUUAGGAGGCUUCAAAGAUUCGCAGACGUUCAAGCUGAAACAACGGGCAUUGCACGUGUACCAGGAAGCUGCCAGGGUGAGAGAAUUCCAACGUGUCAGCGCGGACAGCAGCAUGAUGGAAGAGGAGAAGCUUCAACGUUUAGGCAGUCUGAUGUGCAAGAGCCACGAGAGUCUACAAAAACUCUACGAGUGCAGCCAUCCGAGUGUCGAUGCACUGGUCGAAAAAGCCAUGAGUUACGGUGCACUUGGUGCAAGACUCACGGGAGCUGGGUGGGGCGGCUGCAUUGUGGCGAUCAUAACGAAAGACAAGGUUUCGCAAUUUCUGGAUAAACUAAAAACGGAGUUCGUUCAAUGCGGAAUAAAACGUGGAUUCGAGCUGAACGAUCUGGUAUUUCCAACCGAACCGAACCAAGGUGCUGUAAUUUAUACGACCUAGAUUCUUUUCUAUCCGACUGUUUCAAUUUUCUUCUUACAUUUUAUAAUUACAUUUUUAAUUGUGUAUUAUAUAACUACAAUAUGAAUCGUUUAUCUAUCGUACGUGUAUAAAAAAUAUGACUCUUGCCAAACGUACCAAAUUUAGACAAUCGAGGGCUAAAAAGAGGCUGAAUUUCAAUUGCACAGGUAAUAUCAUUUUCAUUACUCUGUUAUUCGAUAUUGGUUCACGCGAUAUCGUCUGCUCGAUCGUCGGUGCUAAAUGUCAAAUCAUACGGUAUCGCGUGCACCAUCGUUUUGUAAUCUUAGAUUCGAACAACAGAUUAUUGAGACCAGUAUAUUUGGUCAUUUUUAUAACGUAACAAUUUUCAAAUAAAAAUAGAAUCCAUGUUAUUUUAUAAAUUUAAA